UAGAUGGGUCCACCGUAGGGAGAAAAAAAAAGGCCUCUAAUAAUUAAUAAUAUUACAGUGUUUAAGUUAUAAGUAUAUAUGACAACAACGACGGCCUCUUCUCCCCAACACUGUUUUUAUACUCUCUCUUCUCUCACACGCAAACAGACAAACAAACAAACAUAAACCCUAGAUUCUUUCUUCUUUCUCUUUUAUUUUUGCCACCAAACUUUUUCUCUGUGAAUUUAAUACAAUACCCUUUCGCAGUCGCAGAAUCCGUAUGCACACACACCAGUCUCCUCUGGCCAUGGAGUCUGCGAGGAACAGAAGAAAGAAACCCAACGUUAAAAAACGAGAAAAAGACGAAGCCAGCAAUGCAAAAGAUUCGAGAGACGAGAUUCGGAAGGGUGUUUCUAAGCACCCAAGUUUUCGAGGGGUCAGGAUGCGACAAUGGGGAAAAUGGGUGUCGGAAAUCAGAGAGCCCAGAAAGAAGUCCAGAAUAUGGCUGGGGACGUUCUCCACGCCGGAGAUGGCGGCGCGUGCUCACGACGCGGCCGCUCUGGCCAUCAAAGGCGGUGGGGCCCACCUCAACUUCCCGGACCUCGCCUGUCUCCUCCCUCGCCCGGCCAGCUCCCACCCCAAAGACAUCCAGGCCGCGGCGGCCGCGGCGGCGGAGGUGGCCGAGCCGCCACAGUCUCCGGCGAGCACCGUGACGUCAUCCCCCUUGUCGGCCGCCGUCGCCGACGACGCCUUCACCGACCUCCCCGAUCUUUUGUUCGACGACGUGACCCACAAGAUCGACGGUUUCUGGGACUCGUUGACUUACGAAGACCCCUUUUUCCUGGACAGCUGUUAGACAUACGUAGAUAGGCGUUCAGUUCGGCCCGCCACACGUUUCUGUCGCCGGAAAAAUUGAAUUCAGACGGAGAGGCGGAUGCAACAUUGCCGGCGAAGGAAUUCCGACGAGUUUCCGGCGAGAGGGGAAACGGUGUCGUUUGGGUAGGAAAAACAUGUGUACGUAACGUAAAGUUCCAAUAUGUGAUGUGUAAGUGAAGGCUUUUGUACAAAUGCUACCACCGUACCACGUCUGUGACAAAGUCUCAUGGUGUGCUGUUAAUGUUAAAACCCAAAACUGUAUUUUUUUGCCCCUUAAUUUCCUCGUGUCUUUGGUUUU